AUGUCACUGCGCAACCAUGCCGACCCUUUCUCUACACUCGCUAUUCGGCCGCUCCCCCAACUCAACCUCGAGUAUAGCGCGACCUGGCAAGGGUUCAGGUUCGAUAACAGCCUCGAAAGUGGACUCCUUCGGUUGAACGACGUCGAUACCAACCCCUUGUCCGACCUCAAGCCGAAAGCCUUUCAUCUAGACGUGCAAGACGUUCCACUUCCGGAUCUAUCCAAUCCCUCUUCCGGCCCGUCGUCUGAUAGUGAGACUGAGCCACAACCUGGCCAGGAAAGCGAAAAGACAGUUGACGAGACUCCGGAAGUCUGGGUCUUGCCAGACGUCUACAAGAGAAAGCCGCAAGAUAAACUGAUCAGCUGGGACACUUUCUUGGACAAAGACCAUGAAGAGCCACCAACUCCGUACAUCAGUGAAACUGGUCCGCGGACAUUCAACAAGACCCUUAAAUCGUCAAAUGAAAGCGCUGCGCCGAAACCGAUCAGACAGGAUGCACUUCUGAAUGCAGUGUUCGAGCUUGCCAUGGGUAGGAGUUCUGCGCUCUUUGAAUGGGAUGACAAAAACGAUCGAUUCUCCCAAUGCUGGGACAACAUUGGCGCAUAUGGCUUCAGCACAAGUUUGUUGCAAGAGUACCUCGAAGAAUUCAGAAAGAUCGGGGCUUACACCAGGAAGCUGAAAACAUGUUUCGAGCGCCUAGACAGGCAGAGACAACCUACAUCUCCGUCAGAAAUAGCGUUCCUUGCUGCUUCGCGGUCUGCUUUGUUUGCAACCCACGAGUACUUGGAGAAGUUGAGACCAGAUAUUGUCUCUCUACUUCAGCUGAAGGGUGCCAUGACCAGGGUUGUCACGAUCUUGAAUGUGCUGGGAAGUAUUGUGCACGCGGUACAAGACUGCCAGACGGAUAAUGCCAUGGUAUUGGCAUUGAUGCGCCAUGCAGACAAUGCAUCUUUCAGUCAUCCAGGGAUUGAUAGAGUGCUACAAGAGAUAUUUACGAGAGCUUUGCAACCACUUUCGACAAGACUAUGUGCCGAGAUUGGUCUGGUUGCAAGUGGAGCGAAUGAUCCUCAACUGACGACCAUUGCUUGUGAAGAGGCCGAAGACAUUUAUUCUUCUCUCUUUGGUGCGGACCUCGGCCACGCAAUCAAUGAAACCCGACACAGUCUGCAACUGCUGCAAUCACAUGCCCCACAUUGUCGAGUCCUGGCGGCGACUGUUCAUUGCGCAUCAUCCUCUGGGUUGACACUUGAACCUGGCUAUGCUUUUGACGCUAUAUGCAAAAUCCAGGCCAAGUCAGUUGCUUAUGAAGAAGCCGUGAAAUGCUCGAUCCUCUUGGUGCAAUCGCCAGCCCUGGAGACACCUCUACAUUGUGCACAUCUUGUUACCUCUGAAGGUGAGGAGGCUGAAAUCACAGGAUUGACAUCGGCAAACCCAUUUCAGUUGGACACUAGGCUCUUCGAAGACCACGCCCCCAUAAUUGACCACAACAAGACAGACGAAGUACACGAGCAGGUCAAGGUGUAUCUUCGGAACAACAAUGUUGUCGAAGUGUCGCCAUUCCAACUCAGUUACGCACAAGCACUGACUCUGUCCAUCACUCCAUUGGUUUCAGCGCAACAUCGACUUCUUUCGUUUUCGGUUCUUCAGUUGCUCUUCCAGCAGCAUAAUCUGCUGGCUCAUUUGGAAAUCCAGCGAGAAUUCCAUCUAUUUGGAAAUGCCUUUUUCUCGUCCCGCCUGAGUAUGGCUCUGUUCGACUCGGAUCAAGCCAGCGGCGAAGGUCACAGAUCAACAGGGGCUCCUACGGGUCUUCGUCUCCAAGCGCGAGAGACAUGGCCUCCUGCAGGAUCGGAGUUGCGGCUUGUGCUCAUGGGGAUACUUUCGGACAGCCUGGCCACGGCCACCUCAGAGACCGAGCGACGUCUUGAAGACACAAUCUCCUUUGCUAUACGGGACAUGCCUGUUGAUGAGCUCGAGAAGUGUCGCGACGUCAAUUCGAUCCAUGCACUCGAUUUCCUGCGUCUCGAGUAUAAACCGCCAAACGAACUGGUUCAGACUGUGCUCACUCCGGCCGUUCUGGACAAAUAUGAUCGCGUGUUUGGGCACUUGUUGCGUCUCUCGAGAAUCCACUGCCUUACCCAGAGUAUGUUGAGAAAUAAUGUGGAGGCUGGUACUCUUCCUGGUGACCACAAAGUGGUCGUGCACAUGCACCAUUUCAUCUCUGUUGUCGUCGAGUACUGCCACAACACGGCGGUUCCUGUGUGCUGGGGCAGAUUCGAGCGUCUGGUCCGCGAAGUUGAAAGACACGUUGCUAAUAACGACUAUGAUCGUACUCUGCAACUGGUCAAGAGUCAAGGGUAUCUUGGUCGCUUACACGAGAGGGCCCUGGAUAGGCUUCUGCAUGCCUUGCUGCUACGGCGGAAACAGGCGGGUGCCAGGCAGUUUUUGGAGGAGCUGUUAACCAUGAUCUUGCGUUUUGCGGCGGAGAGGAAGUCAAUGAAGACGAUGGCUCGGGCAGGUCACAACGUCGACGAUCAAGCUUACGAUGCUACCAAGAUACGUCGAUUUGCAGAAGACUUUGCAGCCAAAGCCACGCAAUUUAUGGAUGCCUUGCGGGGACAAGGUGACCAGGUGUCGAAGAAACCGUUUACAUCGCAGCGACGGGGAAAACGGGGUGAUGAUAGUGGUGGUAGUGCGUGGAAUGCACAACAUGAUGCCCAUGACCAGUCUGACGAGGACGUUGAUGGCGGAGAUUCGGACGAGAACCUUGUGGACUAUCUACUUCCGAGGCUGGAUAUGUUUGGAUACUGGAGUCGUCAAGGUAGUGGUAGCCGUCUGGAAAGACGACGACGCGAGGCCGUUGAGCUGCCAAUCCUCAGAGCCUGA